CAAAAGCAAAAUAAGAAGAAAGACGUAUAUAUCCAUCAUCAUUUCGAACCACCCUAUCCUUAAUACUCGUUGCCCUCCACCUCCUUCACAACCCCUCACCCACGAUCUCACACCCUUUUCAUGCAGUGGCAAUCAAUGCAUCAUCUUCAGCCCCAACUAUGAUAUUUCUUUCUGUACAGUGUUCUCUCUUUGUGAUCUUCGAAAGUAGAAAUGAAAAUUUUCUACUUUGGAACCACUAUCAAGUUCAAGGCACCCCCUGGAUUCAUUAUCAGGUCACGUCUUCUUCAUAGGCAGAAUUGACCUUUGACUAAGAAUAAAGAACACAGUUUUCCAAUUUUUAGCUCUAAGGUCCCAUGAUUUGCUGCAUAAGAAUCUUGUGACUUCCAGUGGGCUUUUGCUUGGUCGAUCACACAAUCUGAUCUGUGAUAUCCUGUGAGAUCUGUUCCUAUCAAGAAGAAGAGCCUUGUUUUGUUUUUUAAUCUGAUGAUCUUUUUCUCGGUUUGAACAAAUGGGAGGUUGUGUCUCAAUUAGCAGUCGAAGUACUUGUAGUAGUAGGAGCAACGAAGAUAUGGUGUUUCCCUCAUGUAUUGGGAUAGAUAUGUUUGGGCGAAAGAGAAGUAGAAAAACAUUUUUUGACCACAUCACUACUUUGCAACAUUUGUCUUCGAUACCUAGUCGGAUAUACACCAAUGGGAGGAGCCGUUCUUCCUGCAUAUUCACUCAGCAGGGCCGUAAAGGCAUAAACCAGGAUGCCAUGAUUGUGUGGGAAGAUUUUAUGUCUGAGGAUGUAAUCUUCUGUGGUGUAUUUGAUGGUCAUGGUCCGCAUGGACAUCUGGUGGCUCGCAAAGUGCGGGAUGCGUUGCCAGUAAAGGUGAUGACAUUUUUGCGUUCUUUCGAAUCAAAGAGGAAUGGGCUCAGUGCUAGUUGCUGCACUAAGAAUGCAAAAUCAGAUGUAAUAGAUCCUGUAAAGGAUUUGCCGGCAGACGAUAAAAUGGAUUUGUUGUGGAGAGAAGCUUUUCUUAAAUCAUACAAGGCCAUGGACAAAGAGUUAAGGUCCCAUCCUAAUUUAGAUUGCUUCUGUAGUGGUAGCACUGCGGUCACUAUAAUAAAACAGGGUUCAAAUCUUUUCAUGGGCAACAUUGGUGAUUCUCGAGCAAUUUUGGGAUCUAAAGACAGUAAUGAUUCUUUGGUGGCUAUCCAGCUGACUGUUGAUCUAAAGCCUGAUUUACCAAGGGAGUCAGAAAGGAUUAAACGGUGUAGAGGUCGAGUUUUUGCUUUGCAAGAUGAGCCUGAAGUGCAAAGAGUUUGGCUGCCUUUUGACGAUGCCCCUGGAUUAGCAAUGGCUCGAGCAUUUGGGGAUUUUUGUCUGAAGGAGUAUGGAGUAAUCUCCAUUCCUGAAUUUUCUCAUCGGAUUCUUAGUGAUAGGGAUAAAUUCAUUGUUCUUGCUUCAGAUGGGGUUUGGGACGUCUUGAGCAAUGAAGAAGUGGUCGAGAUAGUAUCAUCAGCUUCGACGAGGUCAUCAGCUGCAAGGAUACUGGUCGAGUCUGCUGCUCGUGAAUGGAAAACCAAAUAUCCAACAUCGAAGAUGGAUGAUUGUGCUGUUGUUUGCUUAUUUUUAGACGGGAAGAUGGACUCUGAGUCUGACUACGAUGAACCUUUCUCAUCUGCUACCCUCCAGAGCAACCAUUCUGGUAAUGCUGUGGAAUCAGAUGAUGGGCAAAACCACGAGCCCUGUCUUCAGAGAAAUAUUACUGUCCGAUCAUCUGAAGAGAAUGAUCCCAACAGUAGAAUACCAACUGAUGUAGACGCAAAUGACGAAAAUAUUACAAAUGAAGAUCAGAACUGGUCUGGAUUGGAAGGUGUUACAAGAGUCAAUUCCUUAGUUCAACUUCCAAGAUUUUCUGAAGAAAGGCCAAGGCCAUAGUUUUAUGAUUCAUUUGUACUAUCAUAUAUUUUCUGUAUUUUAAACCCAAGAAAAUAGGAAACAUUUCUGGGUUUGAUUUCAUCUUCUUGUAACGCUUUUGGCAAUAUUUGUUCCUGGUUGUUCAAUUUGCAUAAUGCAUUGCAUGAA